AUUACAGCCAUUCAUUGAAUGAAAAUGCUAUCCAAAAUCUAAUCCUUACUUGGUUGGGCUCAUGAGUCACAACCACACAUCCACGUUGACACCUCUUACUCGAUCACUUCACUUUAUAGUACAUAAUAAUAACAUUACAUGUAACUAAGAAUUUGUUUCCCUUGCAAAGCUCAAUACUACAACUUCAAAAAAAUCACUUUUUCUUUCUUGUAGACUUAAUCAUGGCUUCGGCUACUCUCUCUGUAGCCAAACCAACUCUUAAGGGAAAUGGUAAAGGCUUUUCUGAAUUCUCUGGUCUCAGAAACUCAACAGGAUAUCUUCCAUUUUCUAGAAAAACUUCAGAUGACUUCCAUUCUGUUGUUUCCUUCCAAACCAAUGCAGUUGGGAGCAAUGGAGGAUACAAGAGAGGAGGUGUUGUAGUGGAAGCAAAACUGAAGGUAGCAAUAAAUGGAUUUGGAAGGAUUGGAAGGAACUUCUUGAGAUGUUGGCAUGGUCGUAAAGAGUCACCACUUGAUGUCAUUGCCAUCAAUGACACUGGAGGUGUUAAGCAAGCUUCUCACCUUCUCAAGUAUGAUUCCACUCUUGGAAUCUUUGAUGCUGAUGUUAAGCCUGUUGGCAAUGAUGCUAUCUCUGUUGAUGGAAAGGUCAUUCAAGUUGUCUCCAACCGCAACCCCUCAAACCUUCCUUGGAAGGAGUUGGGGAUAGACUUGGUGAUUGAAGGAACUGGAGUGUUUGUGGACAGAGAAGGUGCAGGGAAGCACAUUGAAGCAGGAGCUAAGAAAGUGCUCAUCACAGCACCUGGAAAAGGAGAUAUCCCAACUUAUGUGGUUGGUGUCAAUGCUGAUGCUUACACUCAUGAUGAAGCCAUCAUCAGCAAUGCUUCUUGCACCACUAACUGCCUUGCUCCCUUUGUCAAGGUCCUUGAUCAGAAAUUUGGUAUCAUCAAGGGUACCAUGACUACCACUCACUCCUACACCGGGGACCAAAGGCUACUUGACGCUAGCCACCGCGACCUAAGGCGUGCGAGGGCAGCAGCACUCAACAUAGUCCCAACUUCAACCGGAGCAGCAAAGGCAGUAGCCCUUGUCCUCCCAACACUCAAAGGCAAGCUCAAUGGUAUUGCACUUCGUGUGCCAACACCUAACGUUUCGGUGGUGGACCUCGUCGUUCAAGUCACAAAAAAGACCUUUGCUGAGGAAGUGAAUGAGGCAUUUAGAGAGAGUGCAGCCAAUGAGCUAAAUGGUAUUCUCUCAGUUUGUGAUGAGCCACUUGUGUCUGUAGAUUUUAGGUGCACUGAUGUGUCCUCAACCGUUGACUCAUCGUUGACUAUGGUCAUGGGAGAUGAUCUGGUUAAGGUGAUUGCUUGGUAUGAUAAUGAAUGGGGUUACUCACAAAGGGUUGUUGAUUUGGCUGACAUUGUUGCCAAUAAUUGGAAGUGAGAGCCAAAAUUAAGUUUGUUAAUUUGUUAUAUAUAUAAUAUAUAUGUUAUGUAUCAUGUGCCAUUGUAAUUUUGUACACUUCUUGCUUCAUUUUUCUUUUACCUUUCUAAACUUGUAUUGAGAAAUAGAACUAUCAAUUUUCUCUUGCUCCUCAUUCUGCAAUAAAAAAUUUUACCCUUGAAAUCAAAA